UCCACUUAUAAGCAUUUUGUUGGUACCUUUUGUAGAGAACGUCUUUUACAUUUAUAAAUCAUGACUUUCUUUGCUAAUAAGUUCUACAUAGUCUUCAUGUUCCUCUAUCUUCUCCUUCUCUUCAUUUCCACAUGUGUGGUGGAAGCAAUACUUUGUGGAAGGCCAUGUAAAACAUGGACAGGGCCUUGUUUUUUUAACUUGUCUUGUAAUGCAGAGUGCAUUGACAAAGAGCAGUCAAUUUUUGGAACUUGUGAACACUUAAAAUGCUUCUGCUACUUUGAUUUGCAAUUUUUUCUGCGAGACGGUAUCGCUUCAGUCCUGUUGCGGGAUAUCUUGGGUUUCUUGCCAAUAUUUUUCAUCCAUAUAAACUCUUUCACUUAUAAGCAUUUUGUUGGUACCUUUUGUAGAGAACAUCUUUUACAUUUACAAAUCAUGACUUUCUUUGCUAAUACUAAGUUUUACACAAUCUUAUUGUUCCUCUAUCUUCUCAUUCUCUUCAUUUCCACAUGUGAGGUGAAAGCAAGACUUUGUGGAAGGCCAAGUAACACAUGGAGAGGGCCUUGUUAUAUUAACAUUUCAUGUAAUGCAGAGUGCAAUGUCAAAGAACAAGCAACUUAUGGUACUUGCAAACAAUUUGAAUGCUUCUGCUUCUUUGAUUGUUCAACACAAUAAAGUAAGAGUUUAACGGAUGUGAAUGAGCAAGCAAUUUAAACUACAUUUAUGUGUUUUGAUUAUGCAGUGGGAAAAAAAUUAAGUGAAUUGAUUAUGUAAAAUUAAUUUUAAUUAAAAGUGAGUUGAAUAUGAAGUGAUUUAUGUAUAAUUGCUUGAGUUUUUAUGCUUUAAAGAAUCUGUCUUUAGUUACUUG